AUGACUUUCAUCGUCAGCACCUUGUUCAUGGCAUCGCUGGCCGAAUUCACGCAACUCGCGUUCAUUCAAGAUCGCAAUUAUACAGGUGGUCCGAACGCAUUUGAGAACGACAUGUUCGCCCUUCCUGUAGACAAUCUUGGAAACGUCAGUGGCCUGAUAACGAUGAUUCUUUCAGAUGGAUUGGUCGUUUGGCGCUGCAUAGUAAUUUACAGAGGGUGCAGGGUGCCACUGUGGAUCCUCAUGUUGUUCCCUGGUCUGGUGUUCCUUGCAUCCGUCGUCACCACUACUUCCCCGUAUUUCUCGACCAACAUCAACUACACCGUCCCCUAUCUGAGCAUCUCACUCGCACUGAACAUAAUCGUCACGAUCGCUAUCGUACUUCGGCUGCUCACAUACCGUUACCGCAUUUCCUCAGUUCUCGGCUCCAGCUACGGCACUCAAUACACGUCGAUUGCCGCGAUGGUCGUUGAAUCCGCCGCUCUUUAUUCUACGUUUUCGGUGGCAUUUCUAACUCUCUUCCUUCUAAAUAAUCCAAUAUCGGAGACAUUUAUUGAGUCGCUGACUCAGGUUCAGAUAAUUGCGAUGCUGCUCAUAGUUUUCCGAGUCGCGCAAGGAAAGGGUUGGUCUCAGGAUACCGCGAGCAAGGUGAUGACCUCGAGGCGAUCAGGGCAACCCAUCCGCAUGGGUGAUUUCAGGCCCGGUUCACGAGACGCCACGAAAACGUUCGCCGAUUCCAAUACCAUUGUGGCACAAGAGACCUACAAGAUUAGCUAUGACGUGUCAGCAGAGGCGGUCGCGCGAGCAAGACCGCUUUGAUACCUACUGAGAUUAGCUAGAGAGAGUGAACGCGGCCGCGGGUCAACUUGAAGUAAAUACGAUUUCUAAAAAUUUGUAUGUAUGUAGUGCUACAAUGAUAUGGACCUUAGGCUUGGGUUGCUCGCACUCC